AUGGCGCCGGGCCAUGCUGCAAAGAGGAGACGUCUCAGUCCCACUGGAAAAACCACUGCUCCAUCUACUCUGAACAGCUUUUACGCCAAUGCCUCGCAAUGGGACCUCGAACAAGACUAUGAACGGAGGCCGAGGAAGGGCAGCAAGAAGGAUAAAGAGCGAACUCGAUUGCCGAUAAAGACCGCAGAAGGAGCUAUAGAACAUGUCGAAGAACCCGCCCAUUCAGAGCCCGAAUCCCUUAGUCCCUUCGACUCGGACGAAGAAUCUGAAGAUGACGCUCCAGCGACCACCGAAGCCGUCGAACAGCCUGUGUCGCAAGUACCUCCGAAACUACAGAUUAUACAAGCAAAGGAAGAACUUGCAAAAAUCGCGACGCUGAUAAAUGAAGAUCCGGAAGAACAUAUAGAUUUGUUUAAGAAGCUGGCGGAGAUGGUUAAAGCCUCAUCAUUGCUGGCGGUGAAGAAACUAGCGCUGGCCACACAGGCUGCGGUCUACAGAGAUGUCAUUCCAGGAUACAAAAUAAGGCCGCUUGGAGAUGCGGAGCUAGCUGUUAAAGUGUCGAAGGAGGUUCGAAAAGUUCGAAACUACGAGCAGGCGCUUCUUUCUGGGUACCGCAAUUACGUUCAAGAUUUGAUUUCCUUUUCGAGAUCGAAACAUGACGAUAGUCUUAAAUCCGUUGCUAUAAACUGCGCAUAUAGCUUGUUGGAUGCUGUUCCACAUUUCAAUUGUCGACAAGAACUGUUGAAGAUCCUUGUGUCUCAGCUCUCGCGUCGCCAACUUGACGCCGAUUCUAUAAAGUCUCGCGAGGCGCUGAAGGAAAUUUUCUCCAAUGAUGAAGAUGGGAUAGUAUCCAUGGAGGCUGUUAGCCUUUUGGCCAAAAUGAUGAAAGCUAAGGAUUUCAAUAUUCAUCCUAGCGUCUUGGAUACUUUCCUCCACUUGCGCCUGUUAUCAGAAUUUUCGUCCAAAGGAUCCAAGGAUGGGAUAGAUAGGAACGAAGACGAGGUCAAUACGUAUAAAGGCAAGAAAAUCAAAGAGAAACGUGAGUUCAGAACGAAGAAGACCCGGAAACUGCUGCGAGAACAGAAGGCUGCCGCGAAAGACCUUAGGGAGGCGGAUGCCCUCGUCAAGCACGAGCAACGGGACAAGAUGCAAGCAGAAACGUUGAAGUCUGUUUUCACCACAUAUUUUCGGAUUCUGAAACUUCGAAGUGCUUCUUUGAUGGGCGCCACGUUGGAGGGCCUUGCAAAAUAUGCCCAUUUGAUUAAUCAAGAUUUCUUUGGCGACCUGCUCGAAGUUCUUAGAGAGCUGAUAUCCGAAUCAAGCCACCCAGACCAAACCGAUGAAGAGACGAAUGGAAAUGCAGAUCAGGAAAACGCCAUAUCCAGGAACACCACGCGCGAAGUCCUGCUUUGCUCAACAACCGCAUUCGCCCUGCUUGAAGGCCAAGACGCCAGCAAAGCUGCCUCGAGCCUCCAUCUCGACCUCAGUUUCUUUAUUUCGCAUCUCUAUCAAUCACUUUACCCUGCCUCUCUGAACCCAGACAUAGAAUAUAAUCCCAGUAAAUCCCUCCGUCUCCCGGAUCCAGGAUCCACCAACGCUGGUGCCGACGAUAUAUCAGGAAAGGACAAGAAGGUCAACUUCCAGACUCCUACGGUCCUGCUGCUCCGCUGCCUCCAACCUAUCCUCACAGCCAAAGGCACUAAUGCCCCGACGCCGAUACGUGUUGCCGGGUUUACAAAGCGUCUCAUGACGAGCGUACUCCAAUUACCUGAGAAAUCUGCCCUAGCGGUACUCUCUCUGCUGAAUCGCGUAGUGAAGAUGCAUGCCCCCAAGAUCGCGCCCUUGUGGAAUACGGAGGAGCGAAAAGGAGACGGGGUAUUCAAUCCGAAUGCAGUGGAUGUCGAGGCGAGUAAUGUAUUUGCGGCUACUGUAUGGGAGGGAGAACUACUGAGGGUACAUUAUUGCCCGGAGAUUCGUGAUGCAUCUCGAGGCAUCGAAAAGAUAAUUAUGAGCGUUAAAUGA